CCGAAGUAAGCACCAGGGAAGUCCCAACAUUAUAGAUUCGGAGCGACCGUGUCGACUCAUCAUGACUCGGAUGCCAGUCGUGGGGUUCUCUGGUCCGCGUGGUUGUUUAGUUUGGGUCGCCUAGAGUCACUAGCUCGCAGGAGCUCUCGCAGGGUGCUACGCCGCUGGUACCCGCCGGCAUCAGCAGGCUCUCGGGGCUUGAGACUCCGAGCCGGGCCCAGUCUCUGGGCGGCGCGACCCACCCGGCGGCGCAUCUAAGUCUGCGAGGGCAGUUUGUAUCUGGUUCGGGCCAUGGCGACCUCUCUCGUGUAGCGCGCUCGAAGUCCACGUCUCUGCAAGUCUGCAAGUAUCCCAGCGUCCCUCGAGGGACACAGGCUAGCAGGACACAGGCUAGCGGGAAGUAAGGCCAACCGGGACGUUUCGACAAUGAAGCAUUGCUCGUUGAUAGCCUUGCUGGUUUUCGGGCUUUCUCCGCUUGCGGAGGCCUCAUUGGGUGCACAUUAUGCUGCGCAUGAGCCCCUGCAAGUGAUUGCAAACAAGGUAAGGUUUAGGCCAAUGUUGGAUUGUCACACAACUUUCAAUGUGUAGGUCGGUCCUUUCAACAAUCCGUCUGAGACGUACGAGUACUACUCGCUACCGUUCUGCUCUCGCACCAAAAAAAGAAGACGCGAAGACUUUGGUGAGCGACUCGUAGGGGAUCGGAAGGUUGUUUCGCCGUACGAAAUUACUUUUCUAGACAAUGUACCAUGGCGUCUCUUGUGCGAACAAUCUUUCUCUCAAGCCGAAUUGAGAAUGUUUACGCACGCGAUUGAGAAUGAUUAUUACUUCGAAAUGUUCAUCGAAGAUCUACCCAUGUGGGGGUAUAUUGGUGAAGUAGAGGGCGAGGAUGUACUUUUAGGGCAUCUAGAGACGGUUAGACGCUACAUCUACCCUCACCUCCAUUUUUCAAUUGGAUAUAACACUGAUCAAGUGGUGUCAGUGAAUGUAUCCACAAAUCCACAGCGCAAAGUAGAUAUCACCGAGGAGUUCGAUGGCACUGAAGUCGCUUUUUCCUACAGUGUCGAGUGGCUGGCUCGGCUAGAUCUAAAAUGGGGUUCGAGGAUGUCGCGUUAUCAUGAUUCAAGAUUCCUACCAGGAACUUUUGAAAUUCACUGGCUGUCAAUCAUCAACUCUUUCGUUCUUGUGUUGUUGCUGACUGCGUUCCUAACAAUCAUCAUGAUGCGCGUGCUUAAAAAUGAUUUCUCGCGCUACAUGGAGGUAGAAGAGGAUGAAAUCGGGGAGGAAGAAACAGGUUGGAAAUUGAUCAAUGGAGAUGUUUUUCGAUUUCCCCCCUUUGCCAAUGGACUUACGGCCCUGCUUGGUGCGGGUGCACAUCUCCUGUGUGUUACCUUGUUGCUUUUGAUCUGCGCGAUAUCGAACUGUAUUGUGCCUACGAAACGUGGUGCCAUUCUUACAGCCAUGAUCAUUCUAUAUGCAUGUACGGCGCCCAUUGGCGGCUUCGUGUCUGCGCGCCUCUACCGUCAAAUUGGCGGUAAAGCAUGGCUUUCAAAUGCACUUGUGACAGCCACUGUCUUUCCUAUUCCACUGGUACUUGUCUUUACAUGGGUUAAUUCAGUAGCUCUCGCACAUGGUUCAUCCGCUGCUCUGCCCGUAGUUGCUGUUUUUAUAAUCACUGCUCUCUAUGGCCUUGUUGCACUCCCGCUUACCCUGGGUGGUGCUAUACUUGGGAGGCAGCUGUCGUCGGAUUUCAAUGCUCCGUGUCGCACCACCCGUCUUCCCCGUGAGAUUCCCACAGAUGCACCGUGGUUCCGUACCCCAGCGGCGCAAAUGUCUCUCCUGCGUGCCUUAAGGCCCACGACAAAUAGUUAAGUUUGUUGAGUUUCUAGGUUCAUGGCUGGUUUUCUGCCUUUCAGUGCUAUCUACAUUGAACUUCAUUACAUAUUUGCUUCGUUGUGGGGCCAUAAAAUCUAUACCCUUUUUGGAAUUCUGUUCCUUGCGUUUAUCAUGCUAAUCAUUGCAAUGUCCCUGUGUAGAGAUAGAAAAUCUGGAUGUAUUUCCGAAUGCGAUAAUGUAGGUAACCGCUUUCAUUACAGUUUCGCUAGCCUACUUUCAACUGGCACGUGAGGACUAUCGGUGGUGGUGGCGUUCUCUUAUCUGCGGUGGGUCGACGGGCGCCUUCAUAUACGCUUACUCCUUCUUUUAUUUUUUUCAUCGGUCAAGCAUGAAAGGUAUGAUCCAGGGGAGUUUCUACUUUGGCUACAUGGCUAUAAUCUCUUAUGCCUUCUUUCUUAUGCUGGGAGCUGUUGGGUUCCAUGCCACAUUUGCGUUUAUAUGUCACAUUUACUCUGUAGUAAAAGCCGAUUAACCCACCCUGGACAUAUAAAGUUUCAUAAUCAAUUAUCUAAAUGCAAAACGCUGAAUAAAAAGUAAGCUUCUUGCUUCUACAUGCAAUAAGCUUAAUUAAAUUGAAGUAAGCAAAAUGGGAAACUAAUCAGGCUUCAGAAUGUUUUGAGGACCUCUAGCAAGCCUGGGCCUGCGGGCAUGACGGAGGCACCCGGUGUAUCAUAGUACUCGACGUAUGCGUGUGCAACACAAGCUCGGCAACACAAGCUCGUAGACUACGCCGUGAGUGAGGUUACAUGGUCGACUUGGUAAUAGUGAAAGAGUUAACUAAGCGACAAUGGCCGGUCACGGUUACCACUAGGUAGGGACUUCUCUCUAUUGGGCACCAAUGGGCGGUACGUGUCCUCUAGAUAUUGGAACCUAACGGCACGACGCAGCUAAAUCCCAGGCUCUCUCGGCGUACGUCGUUGGCUACGCCGACGGCUCAUCCACCACCCCGCUCGCUGAGAACGACGGCUCGGCCGACUAGUCCCAAUUGGUCACGACAAUUGUGUGCGACGGCAUCUGCGACGGCCAGUCGGAGGGAUAUGUUAAUGGGCGGGACUCGGAGCUGAAUGGCAGUAAUUCUACUAGUAAUAACUUCAAGUAGCAAGAAUACAGUCACUGGCGGAUUGGGACCCUACCUCUCCCUACGCAACUCGGGGGGGGGACCCGGCGGCGUGCUAGAGGGGCUGCUAGUAGCCUGAGAGCUCAAUCAUGAUAAGCGACUCUCACUUCGACUCGGACUUUCUCGAUGAUGAUAUAAGUUGAGUGCUUUUUUACAUCGUGAACCUUUUUUGAUUAGAGGCCGAUUGUCCUAUGAACGCAGCGAAUAGGGCUUAAUUGGCCUCUAAAAUCAAAACAGUGGUGUAGAAAAGCACUCAACUUAUAUCAUCAUCUCUCUCUCUCUCGGGCUCUCAGGCUGCCAGUGCGCAGCAAGUCGCGUCCACGGUGGACCCGGCCGACGCUAGCCGAGCGGAGUGGCGAGGAGGUAAUAGGUAGGCAUGGUCCUUACUUGCCAGAUCAGAAUGCCUAACUUUUUGUGACGAAGCAUCUGACCCACGUCUGGUACGAGGGCCUCAGAAGGCCAAGACUAUUUGCAUAUAAGCGAUUUUGUUGGGCUCCUUGAUGCCAUUGUGGUCUGUUUUUUUUUGGGCCUUGGAGCUUGGCUGGACUCUGUGGGCGUUGGCAAUACAGGCUAUGCGCACCACUUUGGAGUAGUCUGACUGUGAAACUACGUUGGCCACAGAGAAGGCAAAAAAAAGCAUUGAUUCGUGUGGACAUGCCGACUGCAGAUUAAAUUCAUCUGACUUCGCAUUGUCAGUAAGUCGAACAGCGAUCGCUGCUUCUGGAUA